AUGACAACCUUGUACGAGAAACAAGCGGCCUUGGCUAGCGUUAUCUAUAAUCUUCAGCAAGGCAAGCCCGGAGACCAGGAGAAAGCCGAGAAGGAAGUCCGUGACGCCCAAACAGAGCUUCAGGCUGCUCAAGACCAGAAUAAAACAAACCAACAAGCUUGGAAUGAGUACACUCAAAUCGCUCUUACUGAAAGCACCAAGAAGGAUGCGCUCAACUGGUUCGACAAAAAGGAAACCACGAUUAAGCAGGACCUGGAUAGGCUCAAGUCGCUACGGGUAGCCAAGGCUGGAGACGAUACAAACAACGCCACAAGCGUACCGGUAAUUGUGUCUGCCACAGCUCCAGCUGAUAAGAAUGGAGAGCCAGCAGGUACAACGCUGGCAGCUCGAGGUUUGGAGAUGGCCAAUCCAGUUUUCAAAUCUCCUUCAGACCAGCCUCCGACUGCACAAGACGCAGAUCCAUGGAUAAAUAUCACCUUUUCCUACUCUGCUUUGGAUGUUAAGAAUCAUUCCAUAGAGUUAGAGUGGGGCAUAAAGGUUGGCGGAUCGGUUGGCUUUGGGCUUUAG